AUGUUGUUUCGCUUCGCUGCCCCAAUAGUCACAGUACUAAGCCUGUGUCAAUCAGCAUUUGGCUUGCCAUUUAUAGCACCUAGAGGCACUCGCGAUAACAGCACACCCUUGAGAAAUGUCGCAUAUGUUCAGACAUUUACAGACUCCAGUGGCAAUUUUCUGGACCUGACUCAACUUGUGACCCAAAAUACCGGAGUCACUCAUGUCAUCCUAUCCUCGUUGCAUCUGGACUCGCCGACUGAGAUACAUCUCAACGACAAUGACAUCGGCUCGUCAUACUGGGACCCCUUGUGGCCAAUGGUCCAAACGCUCCAGUCUUCUGGAGUCAAGGUCAUGCUCAUGAUGGGUGGUGCUGCUCGUGGAAGCUAUGUAAAUCUCGCCAACAAUUUCGACACCUAUUACCCGAUUCUCCUGCAAAUCUUGCAAGACCAUAACCUUGACGGGUUCGACUUUGAUGUCGAAGAGAACGUCGCACUCAGCGUCCUUCUCAGACUGGCCCAGCAGUUUGAUGCUGACCUAGGCACUGAUUUCAUCCUGACCGCAGCCCCGGUUGCCUCGGCCCUGCGCAAUGGCGGAAACCUCAACAACGUAAGCUGGCCAGAUCUUGACGCCGCCGCGGCCAGCUCAGUACGACCAAACGGGAAACUGUUCAACUGGUACAAUGCUCAGUUUUACGAAGGCUGGGGCACUCCUAACGAGUCCUCUUACGAAUCAAUCAUUAAUUAUGGCUGGGACCCGAGCCGGAUCGUAAUGGGCACGAUUGUGUCAGCGAAAGCAGGCAGUGGUUGGACACCUCUUUCCACUUUGGCAACUGAUAUCUCGGCUAUCAGGGCCAAGUAUCCCAAUUUUGGUGGUGUUUUUGGUUGGGAAUAUGGUGUCGCUGGGCUUAGUGAUGGCGUGUCUCCGGUUGGAUGGGAAGCGGCGAUAGGUGAGGAUUUAGCUUCAUGA